AUGCUCGCGCCGAAUCACUCGAUACCUGUGACUCUUUGGUUCACGGGCCACUUCCUCCUGGAUUCGGCGCCUUCGAAGAGAAUCGACUUCCGUGCCCGACCUCUACACUUCAACACCUUGGAGCUCUUGGAUUCCCAGGGUGAACCGCUGGACUUCCGCGCCGACACUUCCAUGGGUCUUCUGCGCCUGUCGAUGCCCCGGGCGAUGUUUCAUUCUGCGCUCAGAGGGGUGCAGAUUCCGCUCUUCGUUCAGAUUCUGACGCUGGCAACGGCCUGGCUUUUGCUGAGCUUCUUGUUGCAGCCCUCCUGGCCAGAAGUGUUGGUGUUGGUGGUGGGCCCUUUAUCCUUCGCAACUGCCAUCUCCACACUCUGGCACUUCCUGCUGCGGCCAGAAAGCUCGCUCACUCGACGCCUGCAGCGGUUCGCGGUGGAGCUCAAGAAGCGGCGUCCUCAUCCGACUGCCUGCCACAAAGGUCCGUCGCGGGCCAUCGCCGUCAGGGAUGUCGUGGAGCUGGAAGAAAAAUUCGGCGCGUUUAUCAAAGACCGAAACAUGUAUUACAUCGACCCGAACAUCUUGCGGCAGCUCACGAAGCACGACAAGCUCUCCUAUGCCGAGCUGGUCGGUCCGCAGAUGGUGCAGUGGUUCGUAAGCCACUGGUGGGGCACACAGUUCCGUGUCUACUGCAAGACGCUUCGUCGGCACGCCAAAGCUGUCUGCGAUACUUCGGACGAAGCUUCCUGGGGUGGGACCAGCUACUGGAUUUGUACAUUCUCGAACAACCAGUACCACAUCAAGGAGGAGCUUGGGAAAUCCCAUGUGGAGUCCUCCUUCUACCUCGCCUUGCACAGUGGAAUGUGCCAAGGUACGUGCAUGAUACUUGAUGAGAUGGCGAUGCCGCUGAAGAGGUCCUGGUGCCUCUUCGAGCUGCUUCAGACCAUUGAGCUGGAGAGAACUCAGGCGAACUUCCGAGGUCUCCUUUUCUGCACCGAACACGGCGUCCUAAACUUUGGAGCCUCGACGGUGGAGAUGUCCAUGCAAAUCGGCGAGCGCCUCGCCUCUCUGAGCCUCCGGGACGCUGAAGCGACCACCGAGGAGGAUAAGAACAUGAUCGCCAAGCUGGUGCUGCAACAGAUGGAAAGCUUUGGCAAAAUCGAUGCUGCCCUCCGGGAGCACGUCAGUGCGGCCUUGGGAAUCUGCAGGACACGACCCGCAAACAAGUUUCGCAAAUCGCCAGUGGUCUCGAAGGAUUCUAUGGGGUGA